UGAGAGAGAGAGAGUGAGGAGGGGAAGUCGAAGACCUGUCAGACGGUCGCACGGCGCUGCAAAAACUAAAGCCGAUGCAGACGCCGCCGGACGGCGAACGUGCGCGUGUGUCGACGGUCAGUUCGGCUUUUUUUACGUCUUCGCGCGCGCGCGCGCGCGGCGGCCCGCGAUGUCCAAGAAGCCGUCGCGGGGCGAUGCCCUCGACGACAUCUCCACCUGGGACACGGAGGGGGUGCUCUGCCUGCUGCGCAAGAACGGGCUGGAGGAAUGUUGCAAGGCUGUGGCGAAACGGCAGAUCGACGGCGAUGAGUUGUUGCACUUGACGGAUGGGAAGCUGGCUCUCUGGAAGAGUGACCUCACGCGUCCACUGAUAGGAAAAUUAUGGACAUUUGUGCAAGAAUUGAACAAGACUCCGGAAAAAUAUCUGCCGAAUAGAAUUGUAGAAGCGCAACAUAAUGAUGAUCACUUGAGCGAUAGCGGUUCCUGGGGAACCGAUUUCGAGGAUGAAACGGUCGAGGAAAAUAAUUCUACCGAAGACACGCAAGAAAUUAUAAAGCCAAGUCUAAUCAAGAACAGGCAAGUGUCGCUGCAAAAUAACAGGAUAUCGACUAGUAGAAUAUCGACACGAUCGCCGUCGAAGAAAGUAAUAAAACCGAAGGAGGAAGAGACUUAUGCCAAUUGCAAAUCGUCUCAGGACGAGGAGGAGAAUAUGUACGCGAAUUUUCAGGAGACGAAGCUACCGCCGACGAGAAACGUCUCGAGGCUGCACAGCGAGCUGGAGAAGACUCUGGCUGGGAAACUGAAAUUGGAGCUGGAGGAGUUGAAGCGGAGGAACAAUUCGGCGAGGAAACCUGAGAUCAGUCCAAAACCAGAGACUCUGCCGUUGAGGAGAAUACCGAUGACAGCUUCCGAUAAGAAAUCUCCGCAGAAAUCUUUCUUGCACAAUGCGCCAAAGAUGCACGAACGCGUUCCUAAUGAACAAGGCAAAACACAAAGAAGGAUGGGUGUGCCGCCGCCGCCGGAACCCAAGAAAAACAAGGAUUACUCGACCGUGGAGGCCAAGAGAGCAGCUGACAAGGAGUUGUCGAAACCACCGCCGGUCAUCUUACGAAAUUUCGACCUCGUGGCGAAUUUGCCGGCGCAAACGGAAGGCAGUGAGGACGAGUACGAGCCGCUCGACGAGAUCAUAGAGCAGCAGAGGAACGAGAUCUCGCGGGUCGACAGUAAGCAAUCGUUGCACAGCGGUCGCCAGGGAUCGGUCGAAAGCGUUUACAAGCCACCUAGCGCUACGAGCCACGAGGAAGAGGAGGAUUACGAGAUUUACGAGUCCAUCACGGAAGCCCCGGAGGAUAAUGAUUACUUGAGCCCCAUUCAAAGGACAAACGAUGCACAAGAACCACCCCCUCUACCCGCCAAACCGUCGCCGCCUCCACCGCCUUCGACGCUUCCCAGUAGAACCAGGCCGGAGAAACACAAAGAGCGAUCACCGGAUAAGAAAUCAGCCACGCUACCUCAUGCCGGCAGCAACUCUUCGUUGUCAGCUGAGAGAGCCACGCGGCCGCUACCACCGCCGCCCGAGAGGCAAUCUUACGUGGACAAGCCCUGGUUUCAUAGUAUCACGAGGGAACAAGCAAUUACUCUCAUCAAAGAACAAAGUACUUACAGUAAUCCGCAAGACGGAUAUUUUCUUUUGAGACCGUCGACGACAAAUCUCGGCAAUCCCUUAACCUUGGUUCUUUGGUACAAGGAUAGGGUCUACAAUGUUCCGGUCAGGAAGAGAAGUGACAACAGAUACGCGUUGGGCACCGCGAAAGUGAACGAGCUGUCGUUCUCGACGGUCGAAGAGAUCGUGACGUUUCAUAUGAAAGAGGAACUCAUGCUCCACAGCGGCGGCGUACCGACCGGAAGCACGAGAUUGACUGAUACUCCACCAAAGUGAUUUUAGUCCGCUACGUCCGAUCCCACUUUGAGCUUAAAGGGAAGGAAGAAUCUUCGUUGAUAAUCUCGCUGUACAUAAGAGAGUUUUACGUGCGACAUGUAUGAACACUGCCGAGCAAAUAUUUUUGCUAGACAUUACGACAGUAUAAAGAAUACAUUAGUAGGCUGACGAACAAAGAAGUUAAGCGGUGUGCCUUUGUAAUAUUUAUAAGGUACGUAAAUUAAUCCAUUCUCGCAAUCGCACAAAAACAUUAUUAUAUAUUAUUCCAAUGAAGUUUUGAUUCUCGAUUUCUAUGUGCAAUAUUUAUCUCGACGAUUACGCGUGCCUUCAAUAAAAUGACGUAAACGAGCUCGAUUAUUGAGCAACGGAUCUCUAUUGCGGUAAACGUUAUAUAUUUCUAAUAUAUAUCUCAGUCUCUUGCUAAUCGGAUAGACUUGUGGCUGAUACGGCGUUUAAAAGUUUUUACGAUAAAUUUUGUGAAUGCUUCAUUAAGCGGGGAAAUGAUAUAUAUAUAUAUAUUGUAUCGUUAUUUUUUCUAUCAGUAUUGUUAUAUUUUCUAUCUAUGCGUCGGUCACUCGUUUGAUCUGUGAUCGAUUGGUGAUCGAUCGCUCGUGCGAACGUAGGAUUAUAUCUCGGUUUUCGAACCGACCGAUGUGAUGGCGUGUGUACGGAAGGACUUUAUUAAAUCUUUCUUUAGGAAACUA